GUUUUUAUAUAUUUUGUUUAAUUCGAUUUACGGAUAACGUAGUUUCAGGCUCCCGCGUCCAUUCCUGGAACGCCUGGUGUAUUCUGAAGGCGUAAAAUUCGAAAAUGGUGUGAACUUUUCAGCAAUCUUACACUCUAAGAUAAGUUACUGUAUUUACUGAAAGAGAUCUUUGUUAAAGACAAGAGAUGUGCGAGGUAACAAGGAGUAACUUUGAAGCGCAUUUUGAGGAAAUCAGUGGAGCAAUCGAGAAAAGCGUCUUUGUCGCCAUCGACACGGAGUUCACGGGAUUAUACGCCAAUGAUACAUGCAAGCCUUGUCUUUUUGAUAAUGCUGAAGCUAUAUACAAGAAGCAAAAGAAAACUGUAUCACAAGUUCUGAUCAGCCAAUUUGGUCUUAGUAUGUUUGAGCCUGUUCCUGAUCAUCCUGGAAGAUAUAAAGCCCAUGUCUUCAACUGCUACCUGUUCCCAUGCUCGUUUGGUGCUGCUGACUGCAGGUUUCUAUGUCAGGCAUCGAGUCUAGAGUUUCUUUGUCAACAUGACUUUGAUUUUAACAAGUUUGUCUACCAAGGUGUGCCUUUCUUAAAUGAAGAACAGGAAUCCAUGGUAAGAAGUCAGCACAAUCAGAAGACAUUACAUGCCGGGAUGCAGUCAUUACAGCUUAGGGACAUAGAUGACCAGAUAAUCAGUUGUAGCUGUAACAAAGUUGAUGAGUGGCUAAAAACAGCCAAUAUUGGUGACAACAUGACACUAAAUGCACAUACAGCUGUAGGGCAGUACCUUCUUCUACUUGAACUACAAAAGCAAUCCACCAUGAACCAACUCAGAUAUGAAGUACAAGACUUAUAUCAGAUCGUAAUCACAAGGCAAACAAAUUGCAGUGAAGAAGCUAUGAAGAAGCAUCUAGCUGAACAGGAAGAAAGAAUCUUGCUUUCAGUCAUUGGAUUUUCCCGAAUUUUCAAACUCUUAGUCAAACACAAAAAGCCUUUGAUAGGCCACAACAUGUUCACAGACUUGAUGCUAAUCUAUGACAAGCUGUACAAGCCAUUACCUGAUUGUUAUGAUGACUUCAAAGCAGAUAUACACAGACUCUUUCCAUAUGUAUAUGACACUAAGCACAUAGCUUUCAAGAUUCGCAAACAACCGCAAUUGAAAGAAUGCGAAUUCCUAGACAGCACGAACCUGGAGGAUUUACAAACUGCUCUUGAGAGUCGUGAAGCAAAGUAUUAUGUCCUAUACAACCCGUUAAUAACUCUGUCAAAGAGUGCACAAAGAUAUGAAUAUGAAAAUCACCCUCACGAAGCUGGUUAUGACUCCUAUCUUGCUGGGUUCGCAUUUCUCCGGAUCGCACACCUGUAUGCUGCAAAACUAGAAAGCUCUCAGCUUAUGCAUCCUUUGCCGUUCGCGAGGUACCUGCAAGUUUUGAAGCCUUACGCGAACCAAGUGAAUAUUGGACGAGCGAGCAUACCUUACGUUGAUUUAGCCAAUCAGGACCCGCCAUCUGGCAGGCCUCAGUGGUUCUUUGUGACGUCAUUGGGUGGCAAGCCAAUUGAAGGCCAUGAGAUUGCAAACCAGUUUAUCCGGUUUGGAUCUGUUGACGUCAGAGUACUUGAUCGUCACCAUGCACUUGUGGCUGUGGCGUACCACAGAAGGGUAAAGGACUUAUUAAAAUUGGUCAAGAAAAGUAAGCGGAUAUCAGUUCGACUGUACAACCCCUUUUUGGACUCAACACUAAUGCGAAACGUAAUCUGCUAUAAAAAUCAUUCGCUUGUGUCGACGAGUUCCUUGCUAGCAGAAAUUCGACAACUUCACAGUUUACAACAAAAGCGAACAACACAACCACAAUAGAAAGCGAAAAAAAGGUGAGUUUUAGACGACGAUUUGUAUUGAGAAUGUGAAAGUUAUUGUCGUGCUUUUAUAAUGCUCGUUUGUACGUUUUUUUUCCAUAACCAAUCGCUCAGACUAAAACACCACACCAGUUAUAGUUUGACGUCAAGAUGCCAUAUCAAAGUCAUAUAUCCUUGUUUUGAUGUAAAUACGUAAAUACUUACAAGUUCUAUAAAUUCAGGCGUAAAUUCCUCACGGUAAGUAAGAAUUUAACGACAGAAAUACGUAGUAGUCUAGUUACUGUAUCAAUGCCACUUAGCUUGUUCGAUUUAGAAUUGAGAAUUCGUGGUCGUGAUCAAACAUGUUGAGCAUAACACAUCCUUUGAUAUUCUUCGUUCUCUCUAUACUUUAUUGACUGCGUUGAGAUAUUUAAUAAAGGCUGACAAAUAUCAUCCUGUCAUAUAUUGCUAAAGAUGACCUUUUUUGUCUUUAUAUUCUGUGUAUUUAGUCUUUUCAACGAUACAGCAACAUUUUUUCAACAUUAUCAUAACAACUUUAAUUUUACAAUUACAGAAGAAUUUUCUCUUCGAAAAUAAAAAAAAAAUGCAACCCUUAUUACCUAUAUUGUUUUUGCUUUUAUAUUGUCUGCAUCUUGCAUACUUUCUAAUGUGUUUAUUUAUUUUAAUAGUUGUGGAAAAUUAGUAAGGUUAUAAAUGGCAUGAUGAAAAUAUUGUUUUGAAAGAAAAAAAAUAAUUAAUUCUUUUCACUUUUAUUUAGGUAAAACCAACCAAGGACUACCUGAGGGCCAUGAUUGAUUCUAAAGGCUGGAAGGCUUAAUAAUAG